CAAGCCUUGAAAGCCCCCGGUCCCAUUGCUUCGGGAUCUUAGUGCUCACUCACGCAACCUCCCCUGCCAACCCCGUGGGAGCUGUGCUCUCCAUCCGCUGCACACCUUCUAAUAUAACCUUUUCUCGCCCUCCAUCCUUCCUGCACACUUCUCCCCCCACCUUCUCAGCUGCCGACUUCCCGCUUGCUUCUCAUCCAUUUCAGGCAAGCUGCUCCUGUCAGUUGCAGCUCGCAGCCCUCGAGUCAUUAGCUUGACUCGACAUCUCAGCUUCUCUUCCUGUAACCAACACCACCGCCCGCCAUGCCUUUGGUCAAGCCCACACUGGCGCUGUCGACGCCAGUCUCGGCAAACUUCCCUCGCGAUGCUUCCCGUAAUGGUCCCUACGAGAUCCCCUCGGCCGUUUCGGUCCAGACACCUCUCUCGGCAAGGUCUAUGUUGAGAGAUCCUCUCCCUUCGGCUGGACUUCCCUCAGCAGGCCUGGCCUCGGCAGGGUAUGCCUUCUCGCCAACGGGCCCGCUGAGCGCGCGGGUCAAGACCGAGGAGAAGACACCCAUCACCCCGCCUCUGGCCUACCUAGAUUUUCUCCGCUCCAUGACACUGAGCUCGCCGCCUCUGUCGGCAAAGGCGCCUCUGAACCGGACAUCUACCCACGGCUCGACUGCCUCCAAUAGCAGCACUAGCACCAUCAACUCAGCAGCUUCGGAACAAGAGAAGGGCGAGAGCGUACCGUCCACGGCCGCCUCAGAGGGGACCGACUACAGCUGCAAGUGCGACCAUGCGCUCAAGUCGCCAAAGGUCGCUCCCAUCAACACUGCCGAAGCUGGCAGCUCUGGCACCGGUCUAAAACACCCGCUGUCUGCGCCAGCUAUUGGGCCCACCUUCCCUAGCCUUAGCAUACCUCCCUCGCCAGCCACCCGCAACAAGGGCGGCAACGUGGCCUCGCCCAAAACACCAUGGAGCUCCCGCUCGGUCCGCUCCCCCUUUGACUGGGAGGCGGCCUUGAAGGCCCGCCGACACGCCGAGGGUUCCAGGCCCGCCGCCAGCUCCCCCAAAAUCAGCGCCCCUAGGAUGGCUAGUACCCCCACGGCCGGCGCACCCGGGGGUGGCUCGAAGCGCGAGGCGAGGACGAGCGUACGGCACAUCCGCGAGGUCAUGACCCGGACGAUCAAGUACACUCCGCGGGUUGGGCCCGUGCCCAAGGGAAAGCGGAGGAAGGUCGACCAUGAGACCGCGAUCGAGACGUGAGACUCGGGAGGCUCUCGGAGAAUGGAGCCCGGAAACAAUUGUACCCACUACAACCCACCUACGAUACAACUGCGCCAUACAUGCACCUUUUUUCCUUUGU